AUGGGAGCUGAGAACGUGACCUCAGUCAGAGAAUUCAUCUUGAUGGGACUCACCAACCACCGAAAGACACAGAUCCUGCUCUUCGUGGUCAUCCUCAUCAUCUAUUCACUUACUGUUUUGGUGAACCUGACAAUCAUCAUAUUGGUGCGGGUUGAUUCCCGCCUCCAGACUCCCAUGUACUAUUUCCUCACACACCUCUCAUGCUUGGAGAUUUGUUAUGUAACCAGCACUUUGCCCCAGAUGAUGGCUCAUCUCCUGGCUGGAAAUGGACGUAUCCCAGUAAUCCGUUGCAUGCUUCAGAUGAACGUUGCAUUGACCAUGGGAGGGGCUGAAUGUUUGCUGUUGGGUGCCAUGGCCUAUGACCGCUACAUGGCCAUCUGCCAUCCCCUGAUAUAUACCAUUGCCAUGGACAGAUGGUGCCAACUGCAGCUUGUUUUAGCCUCCUGGACAAUUCCCUUUGUUGUUUCCGUGAUCUAUGUUGUCUGCACCUUCCGCCUACCUUUCUGUGGCCCCAACCAUGUGAACCACUUCUUCUGUGAGGUCCCAGUGGUGUUGAAACUUGCAUGCGCUGACACCCAGGUCACAGAGGCCAUUGUUUUUGGCUUAGCAGCAUUGGUUGUCGCAUUUCCUCUUUUAGUUAUCCUGAACUCCUAUGGGCUCAUUUUGCAUUCUGUAUUGCACAUGCGAUCAACCGCUCAUCAGCGUAAAGCAUUCUCCACAUGCGCCUCCCACCUUUUGGUUGUUACCAUGUUCUACGGCACCGUCAUCUCUAUGUACAUGAUUCCCCAUUCAGACUCGGCACCUGAUCGUGACAAGCAAAUUGCUGUCUUUUAUGUUGUGGUGACACCUCUGCUCAACCCUAUCAUCUAUACGCUGCGGAACAAGGAUGUCCAUGGGGCGGUGGCCCUGGUCCUGCGAAGAUGGGGCUUUGAACAAAAAACCUGA